AUGAAGCCAAAUAUUAUCAAUACACGGCGCACCUUUAUAAACAUUCCCAAUGUGAUUGCUCCAGAUAUUGAAAAGGAAAUAAGAAGGAUGGAAAAUGGAGCAUGCAGCUCCUUUUCUGAAGAUGAUGACAGUGCCUCUGUAUCUGAAGAGUCAGAAAAUGAAAGCCUGCACACAAGGGGUUCCUUUGGAGAUAACUCACACAGAAGGGAAGGACCACCGCAGAGGCAGCAGUACUUGCCGGGUACCAUGGCACUUUUCAACAUUAACAACAGCAGUAACAAGGACCAAGAACAAAAAGAAAAAAAGAAAAAGAAAAAAGAAAAGAAGAGCAAAUCAGAUGAUAAAAAUGAAAAUAAAAAGGAUUCAGAGAAGAAAAAGAAGAAGGAAAAAGAGAAAGAGAAGAAAAAGAAAGAGGAGACAAAGAAAGAAAAGAAAGAAGAGGAGAAGAAAGAAGUCAUGAUUAUUGAUCCCUCAGGAAACACAUAUUACAACUGGCUGUUUUGUAUCACUUUACCUGUGAUGUACAACUGGACUAUGAUUAUUGCAAGAGCCUGUUUUGAUGAACUUCAAUCUGAUUACCUAGAAUAUUGGCUCAUUUGUGACUACUUGUCAGAUAUAGUCUAUCUUGUUGACAUGUUUGUACGAACACGGACAGGUUACCUAGAACAAGGACUGCUGGUGAAGGAAGAGCGCAAACUCAUAGAAAAAUAUAAAUCGAAUUUGCAGUUUAAACUUGAUGUUCUGUCAGUGGUACCAACUGAUCUGCUGUAUUUUAAGUUGGGGUGGAACUAUCCAGAAAUCAGAUUAAACAGGCUGUUAAGGAUCUCUCGUAUGUUUGAGUUCUUUCAGAGAACAGAAACGAGGACAAACUACCCAAACAUCUUCAGAAUUUCUAAUCUUGUCAUGUAUAUUGUCAUCAUUAUCCACUGGAAUGCAUGUGUGUACUACUCUAUUUCGAAAGCUAUUGGAUUUGGAAAUGAUGCAUGGGUAUACCCUGACGUUAAUGAUCCUGAAUUUGGUCGUUUGGCUAGAAAAUAUGUCUACAGUCUGUAUUGGUCUACACUGACUCUGACUACCAUUGGUGAAACACCACCUCCUGUGCUGGAUUCUGAGUAUGUCUUUGUGGUGGUUGACUUCUUAAUUGGAGUGUUAAUUUUUGCUACCAUUGUUGGUAAUAUAGGUUCUAUGAUUUCCAACAUGAACGCAGCUAGGGCAGAAUUUCAGGCAAGAGUCGACGCUAUCAAGCAAUACAUGAAUUUCCGCAACGUAAGCAAGGAUAUGGAAAAGAGAGUUAUUAAGUGGUUUGACUAUCUGUGGACCAACAAAAAGACAGUUGAUGAAAAAGAAGUCUUGAAGUAUCUACCUGAUAAACUGAGAGCAGAAAUCGCCAUCAAUGUUCACUUAGACACAUUAAAAAAGGUGCGCAUUUUUGCUGACUGUGAAGCAGGUCUGUUGGUGGAAUUGGUCUUGAAGUUACAGCCCCAAGUCUAUAGUCCUGGAGAUUAUAUUUGCAAGAAAGGGGAUAUUGGACGAGAGAUGUACAUCAUCAAGGAAGGCAAACUCGCUGUGGUGGCAGAUGAUGGAAUCACUCAGUUUGUGGUGCUGAGUGAUGGCAGCUACUUUGGUGAGAUCAGCAUUCUUAACAUUAAAGGCAGCAAAGCUGGCAAUCGAAGAACAGCCAAUAUUAAAAGUAUUGGCUAUUCAGACCUGUUCUGUCUCUCAAAAGAUGACCUCAUGGAGGCUCUAACUGAGUACCCGGAUGCCAAAAAAAUGCUGGAAGAGAAAGGGAAGCAGAUCUUGAUGAAGGACGGCCUGCUGGAUGUGAACAUUGCAAACGCUGGCAGUGACCCUAAAGAUCUCGAAGAGAAGGUUGCUCGAAUGGAGGGCUCGGUAGAUCUCAUGCAAACGAGGUUUGCCCGGAUCCUGGCUGAGUAUGAGUCCAUGCAGCGGAAACUGAAGCAAAGAUUGACCAAGGUGGAGAAAUUUCUGAAACCACUUAUUGAGACAGAAUUUUCAUCUCUUGAAGGAGCUGGAGUAGAAAGUGGGCCCACAGACUCUACACAGGAUUGAAGAGCUUGUCACUGACAGGGCUAUGUCUCAUUAUCCUUUUAAUCAUGUGAGUAAAGUUUACUGUCAUUUGGAAGAAGAUGAAGACACAGCUAGGAAUUUUUCUCAAAAGCAGCAUGUGCUUUGGUGCACUGCACAAGGCCUACACACUCUCUGUGGGGUACUGGAAUGCAAGAACAAUCCUAUUGUGGGAUUUUUCAUAAUGGAUAUGGGAAAAGAUAUAACUGAUCAAUCUGUCUGCAUCUGUAUCUUCCAAUUUUUCCACAUGUUCCUUGUAUGCAAUAAUCUUUAUAAAAGCACAAGUAUAUCUCACCUUCAGACUAUUUGCAC